AUGAGUCUCGCCCGGCCAGCACGAUGCCUGUUCUGCAGCUUCUCCCGUGCUGCCACGCAGGGCACGCGAGUCCCCCGUCGCCAAUUCCACCCAUCUCCCGCUCAAUUGACAAACCGGAAACCCAAGUUCCCGAAUAUCAAGGCUCCCGAAGCCCAAAGUGCUUCAGGGCUGAAGCCUGAGGAGUUCAAGGCGUACUCGGAGGAGGAGAAGGCACACCUGGCCAAGGAGUACUCGGCCGCGCAGAUGGAAGCUAUCAAGGCCGGCGAGGCUGCCAUUGACCCGAAGGACUUGUCUGAGCAGUUCAAUCCCCGUGACGACCCUAUGAAAUUCCAGUAUGUCGACGACUUUUCCGUGAUCGAGCCCGGUGUCGAUAAGCACAUGCGCGCCCCCCUGUCCAACGCGGACCCCAAUUUCAAGCUGAAGACCGAAGACGAUUUUGUCGACGACUUUGCCCGUUUCUUUAUCGAGGCUCCCGAGAAUGAGAGUAUCAAGGCUGAGGACUUUGUCAAAUAUGCGGAUUCCCUGCGCUUGACUCACGGCAAGGAAGAGAGCGAGUUGAACCCCCACAGCUCCCUGGUGCCCGAUUUGUUCGGCCCGGGUGAGACCAUUGAUGACCCUCGCGUGGAGGAGCGGAAGACUGCCGCGGAGAAGGGCGAGAAAGAGCGGUCUUUGGAGGCCGAGGAAAUGACCGAUGCCCUGAAGAGCCUUCUCCUCUCCACAGGCUACACUGAACGCCAAGUCCGUGAAUUCCGGACUAAGACCCUUGUCUCUCACAGCGUCGUGAACCAGACCCGCUUGGGUAAGGUUCGCCGUGCCUACCGCCUGACUGUUGCUGGAAACGGUAAUGGUCUGCUAGGUAUUGGUGAGGGCAAGUCCGACGAAGCGGCCGAUGCGAAGAUCCAAUCGCAGUACCGUGCCAUCCGCAACAUGCAGCCCAUCCCCCGCUAUGAGAACCGCACCAUAUUUGGUGAUGUGAAGGGCAAAGUUGGUGCUGUGGAGUUGGAGCUGAUGCACCGUCCCCCAGGCUUCGGUCUCCGCGUCCAGUAUCUGAUCUACGAAAUGUGCCGUGCCGCUGGUAUCCACGAUCUCUCAGCGCGAGUUAAUCGCUCCCGCAACAAGAUGAACACCGUGAAGGCUGCCUACGAGGCGCUUAUGAGCCAGAAGAACCCGGAGGAGGUUGCUCGGGCCCGCGGAAGGAAAAUGAUUGAUGUCCGCAAGGUGUACUACGCAGGCAAGGUCUAG